GUCUCCGGUUAUAAAGUCGACGCUUUGAGCAAGCAGCCAGGCUCUAUCUGAAGUUGUCAACUGACCAUCAUUUAGUCAUACAGCUGGGAUUUAGUUAUUUUAUAUGGUCAACUUGCAUGGUUUUGGCUUCCAUCAGUUCAAGACAAGCUUUCUCCUAUUUCAAAUGUUUCACUGAAACAAAAGGCACACACGAUUUUCUGCCUUCCUGGGUUUCUUCCUCUCUCCCUCUCAUUAAUUUGCAAGCCUGUCACCAGUCAAAAAAGAAUCCAAAUAUGUAAGCUCUCUCUGUAGAAUUUUUAUAUCAACCAGGACAGGUUAUUGCCUCAAAAGGACCUAUAUAAAGGAACCAAGCUGCAGUGCUUCUAACAUCAUAGAACACAAUUCUAGCUCUCUCCUCAUCCUUACUACACAUCUCCCUAUCUUGGAAAAGCAAAGAUGUCAUUCUCUUGUCCCAGUAAGCUUUCCUCAAUGCUUCUAUUAGUUUCGUUACUUGGUUAUCUAAUAGGAUCCUCAAAAGGUGGCAAUUUCUUCCAAGAUUUUGACAUCACCUGGGGCGAUCAACGUGCUAAGAUACUAAACGGUGGCCAACUUCUCACACUAUCUCUUGACACUGCUUCUGGUUCUGGCUUCCAAUCCAAGAAUGAAUACUUAUUUGGCCGAAUCGACAUGCAAAUCAAGCUAAUACCAGGCAACUCGGCUGGUACUGUCACUACAUACUAUCUAUCGUCUCAGGGGCCGACCCACGAUGAGAUCGACUUUGAGUUUUUGGGCAAUGCAACUGGAGAGCCAUAUGUUCUCCAUACCAAUGUGUUCUCCCAGGGGAAAGGCGACAGAGAACAACAAUUCUAUCUCUGGUUUGAUCCCAGUAAGGCUUUUCACACCUACUCCAUUGUGUGGAACAAACAACUCAUUAUUUUCUUAGUGGACAACAUCCCAAUAAGAGUGUUCCAAAACCUGGAAUCAAUUGGUGUGGCAUUCCCGAACAAGCAAGCCAUGAGGAUAUAUUCAAGUCUUUGGAAUGCUGAUGACUGGGCAACAAGAGGGGGGCUUGUAAAGACUGAUUGGACACAAGCUCCUUUCAUUGCUUCUUACAGAAAUUUCAAAGCCAAUGCUUGUGUUUGGUCACCUGGAUCGCCUUGUACCUCCACCUCUCCCAAUUCUGUGCAAGACAAUGCCUGGCAAGUUCAAGCACUUGAUGCCCCGGGGCGCAACAGACUUCGAUGGGUGCAGCAGAAUUACAUGAUUUACAACUACUGCACUGACUUGAAACGGUUCCCUCAGGGUCUCCCACCUGAAUGCAAGUGAUCAAGAUGCCUUUGAAGAAACUAGACAUUAAGCAUCCAUUGGUUCAUUUUUUUAGCAAGUUUGUCCUAAAUGAUUAGAACAUGAAAUUCUCUAUUUUUUUCGUAGAAUAUAAAUAAUGUAAUGUGAAAUAACUCAAUUUCUUAAUUCAUGUUAAGUUACUCUCUGUUCUACUUUCUUUACAAACCUUACAACCCAUCUAUAUUACCUUGGCAAUAAAAAUUAAACAUUCGAUCAA